AUGCUCGUCAUACCGAACAUCUGCGGAGAUCAACCCAUCGCAAGACUCAAUACGGAUGGAUGGAAUUAUGUCAAGACAUUACCGUUAGCAGAUCCUGGUUUUGACAUCCCUGGUCCGAUCGACGUCUUGUUAAAUGCUGACGUUUUCGCUGAAUCGUUGCUCGAGCAGCGUUUGAAGGGUAAUGGGUCUCGACCGCAAGCACUGAAUUCAGUUUUCGGAUGGCUUCUCCUAGGGAAGUCGCGACUCGCAUCCUCUCCUUCAUGUUUGAUGGGAUUAGCACCUCCUAGCAUGGACGAGAGCUCAAAUAAAAUAGUUCAGCGUUUCUGGGAAAUCGAUAACGUUCCACAAUCUUCUCGAUUAACCCCAGAUGAGCAAGUUUGUGAAAAUAUUUUCACUCAUGACCACUACCGUGACGAGACCGGAAGGUAUCAUGUCGUUCUUCCUUUCAAGAACAACUCGGAGCCGCUUUUUGAAGGCUCUCGAGCGAUAGCCUUAUGGCGCUUCCAUGGCAUUGAGAAGCGGUUGUCUUGUGAUCAAUCGUUAAAAUAA